AUGUGGAUUCAGUUACCAGGUCUGAGAUUAAACCUGUGGAAUGCUAAAUGUAUUAGUAAAAUAGCUAGUCUUAUUGGCAAACCUAUUGCCACUGAUAAGCUAACUGCAAGCAGGCAGAGGCUAGAAUAUGCUAGAGUCCUUGUUGAGGUUAGUGUGCCAUCUCCUCUUCCAGAUCAUAUCUCCAUUCAGGGACCAAAGGGGAAAAAUAUUAUUCAGAAGGUGAUCUAUGAAUUAAAACCUAGAUGGUGUGACUUUUGUAAACAAGUGGGACAUGAAACUAACUAUUGCAAGAGGAAAACUGGAAUACAAAGAUGGGUGCCUAAAAGCAAAGUUGUUAUCAAUGAAAAUAAACCUGAGAACAACUUGAACCCACUUGAUGAGCAUGGUAUUGCUCAAAUAAAGGCUGUUGAUAAAGGAAAAGAGAUUAUCCAUGAUUCUGGAAAUAAUGGUAACAGUAUCAAUGAUUUCCAGCUUGAAAGGUUUUCUGUGCAUGUUGUGCAUGAUGAGAACCUGAAUAAGCAUAGUAGCAGUAUUGUACAGUCUGGUACAAAACUGACUGAAAAGGAGCCUAACUAUAUGCAACAAGCUCAUGUGGUGCAUGUUUUAGGAAAUGGAGUUGAUAUACAACAAAUAAGCAGCAAGUCUGGUUUACUGCAGGCUGUGCAUGUUGAAGAAUGUGCACAGCAAUCUGAAACUAGUUCAAAGCAAAUAAUUGGUUCUGGAAAAAAUGUUGAUAAUUCUUGGAUACUUGUUCAAGGGUCCAGAGUUAAAAAAAAUGCAUCUCCAUUAUUUUCCAGUUGCUUAGAUAUUGAUCCCUCUGUUAUUGAUAGGAGGGCUAUUCUAGAUGAAUUUGUUGUAAAUAUCUCAGACCAGCAAAUUACUUGUGCAAUUAAAUCUCUUGAUGGGAGGCUGGAUUGUGUCAUCUCAUCUGUAUAUGGUUUCAAUCAAACGAAGGGCAGAAAAGAAUUAUGGGCAGAUUUAAUUCAAAUUCAGGAAAUAAUAGGAAAUGUUCCCUGGCUCAUCUGUGGGGACUUUAAUGCAAUGAUUGAUAAAGAUGAUAAGCUUGGUGGUGCAGUCCUUUCUGACUCAGAUACUAGGGACUUCAACAAUUGCAUUGAAGACUGUCACUUAGAGGCAGAAGCAAGAGUGUGGAGUAGGCUAGACAGAGCUCUAGUGAAUGAUCAAUGGAUUACUGCUUAUAAUUCAAGUUAUGCAGAAUAUUUGUUACCUCAUUUUUCAGACCAUUCCCCAGGCCUGAUUUCUAUCUAUGAGGAUUGUUUGCAAGGGAAAAAAUCAUUUAAAUUCUUCAAGAUGUGGACCAAACAUGCUGAUUAUCUGCCUACUGUUUCUAAUGUCUGGGAAUCAGAUAUACAAGGAUGCACAAUCCUGUUGGGCACUUCUGUUGCUACUUCUCCCCCUGACAGGAACAUUAUCAAAACUGGGCCUUGUCUGACUGAAACUCAAGUCAGGGAUUUAUCUAAACCUGUUUCUAAAGAGGAAAUUAAAGAGGCUAUCUUCUCCAUGUCUGAUAACAAAGCACCAGGGCCUGAUGGAUACAGUGCUUCUUUCUUCAAAACAGCUUGGCCUAUCAUUGGUGAAGAUAUUUUAAAAUCUAUAGGGGAUUUCUUCAGAAAUGGAAAGAUACUGUUCACUAUCAAUUCCACUUCUAUUACCUUGGUUCCUAAGGUACAAUGCCCAAAAACUCCUGCAGAUUUCAGGCCAAUUGCCUGCUGUAAUUACCUAUACAAAUUCAUUUCUAAAGUCCUAGCUAACAGGAUAAAAUCAGUUAUGGGCUACCUAGUGGAUGAAGCACAAAGUGCUUUUGUCAAAGGUAGACAGAUUUCUAGCAAUAUAUCUCUUGCGCAUGAACUUAUUAAAAGCUAUAAUAGGAAACAUAUAUCACCAAGAGUUAUGCUCAAUAUUGAUAUUAAGAAGGCUUUUGACACUAUCAGCUAG